UAUGGCGUUCCGGUAACCAUACAGUGUAUUUCUGCAAUUCACUACAUGACUAGCAUUUGUUAAUUAAUAAACGAUAUUUUUUAUAAUUAAGUGCAUUAAUAUCAACAAAUAAUUGUCCAAGAUGUUUUUGACACGCUCAGAAUACGAUCGUGGAGUCAACACCUUUUCUCCAGAAGGUCGAUUAUUCCAAGUAGAAUACGCGAUUGAAGCAAUCAAACUUGGAUCGACAGUUAUCGGCAUUUCAACAUGUGAAGGAGUAGUUUUGGCAGCUGAACGACGUAUCACAUCACCACUGAUGGAGCCAACAACUAUUGAAAAAAUAGUUGAAGUUGAUAAACACAUUGGUUGUGCUGGAUCUGGUCUAAUGGCUGACUCCAGAAUGAUGAUUGAUCGUGCUCGUGCUGAAUGUCAGAAUCACUGGUUCAUCUACAACGAGAAGAUGAGUGUCGAGUCUGUAGCCCAAGCGGUCUCCAAUCUUGCUAUUCAAUUUGGUGAUAGUGAUGAUGACGGAAGUGCGAUGUCUAGACCUUUUGGAGUAGCGAUUCUCUUUGCUGGUAUUGAUGAAAAAGGACCGCAGCUAUUUCACAUGGAUCCAUCAGGUACAUUUGUACAAUUUGAUGCUAAAGCUAUUGGCUCUGGUAGUGAAGGUGCUCAGCAAUCACUUCAGGAAGUUUAUCACAAGUCAAUGACGUUGAAGGAAGCAAUUAAAUCAGCUUUGACCAUAUUAAAACAAGUCAUGGAGGAGAAGUUGAAUGAAACCAAUGUGGAAUUGAUGACAAUGACACCUGAAUCAAUGUAUCAUAUGUACACAAAAGAAGAAUUGCAAGAGGUGAUUAAGGACAUUGCUUAAUUAUUAUUUCGAUAUAAAUAAAUGAUUUAAAAGGCGAUGAAUAUUUUAAAAAUAUGUUGCUGUAUGUGAUGAAGAUAUUAAUAUUGUGUUCACUAUCAUGUUGAACAACUAAGUGAAAGUGUUUUCAGCCAUUUUUCAUACAUAAAUAUUUACCAAGUAAACAACUAAGUGAAUGAAGACAA